UUCGGGCCGCUGGGCGUGGCGCUGCGGGGCAACCUGGUGGCCCAGUGGUGGGACGCGGCCCUGGCUUUCCGGGAGCAGGUGUUCGCAGUGGAUGCCCCGCUCCACAGCCCGCCCGAUGCUCCGCGAGCCGGGCAGGGUCUCCGGCUGCUGCACUCGGAGACGCUGCGAGAAGCCCUCCAGGGCAGGGGCUGUAGCCGCGAGCCGGGCGGUCCAUCUGUGGAAGACGUGCUAGCGAGCGUGGGGAUGCUUCGUGAGAGCUUGCUUCCCGGUGCUUUGGCGCAGUAUGUUAACUGCUUAGAAUUGGUGAACAGAAGACUGCCUUGUGGCCUCGCUCAAAUUGGAGUAUGCUUUCACUCUAUUUCAGAAAGUGAACAACACGACAAAAACCUUAGAAGAAUAGGCGAAAGGACCACGUCUUUGCUUGCAUGGUUUAGUUCCCCCAGAACUGCAGGACAGUGGCUUGAUUACUGGUUACGCCAGAGACUUCAAUGGUGGAGAAAGUUUGCAGUAGGCCCAUCUAACUUCAGCAGCAGUGACUUUCAGGAUGAAGAAGGAAGAAGAGGAUUUAAUUUACAUUAUAGCUUUCCUUGGGGAACAGAAACAAUAGAAACACUGAAGAACCUUGGUGAUACUGACCUGUUACAGACGUAUCCAGGGGAUAGUUCAAAAUUACUUGGACGAGAUGGAAGGAAGAAUGUUAUUCCUCAUGUUUUGUCUGUGAGUGGAAAUCUGGACCGAGGAGCAUUAGCAUACCUCUUUGAUUCUCUACAGCUAGCUGACAAUCCACUAACAAAAAAGAAAAAUUCACAGAGAAAGGUACUUAAGCUUCAUCCUUGUUUAGCACCUCUUAAAGUGGCCUUGGAUAUAGGAAAAGGUCCAACAACAGAGCUGAGACAGGUUUGUCAAGGAUUGUUCAAUGAACUGUCAGAAAAUAGAAUUUCUGUAUGGCCGGGUUAUCUUGAAACCAUGCAGGUAUCUCUGGAACAGCUUUAUACAAAGUACGAUGAGAUGAGUGUUCUCUUCACGGUCUUGAUAACUGAUGCCACUCUAGAGAAUGGAGUGGUCCAGCUGAGAAGCAGAGACACCACCAUGAAGGAAAUGAUGCACAUCUCUAGGCUGAAGGACUUUUUAACUAAGUAUGUAACAUCAGCCAAAAAUGUGUAAACUUACAUUUGUUCAAUAAAAGGAAUUUCUUAAACA